AUGAUCCGCCACCGUAUUCCGACGGCCGCCUACCGUAGUUUCACAAAGAAAAACGCCGACGAAGCCAAAGCCUUUCUCGAAACGCUGAAAGCGCCUUACGUGCUGAAAGCCGACGGACUGGCCGCCGGAAAAGGAGUGCUGAUCGUCAAUUCGCUCGAAACGGCGAAAGCCGAGCUGGAUACGAUGCUCAACGGGCGUUUCGGGCACGCCGGCGACACGGUCGUGAUCGAAGAGUUCCUGUCGGGAAUCGAAUGUUCGGUUUUCGUAGCCACCGACGGCAAGAAUUUCAGCGUGCUGCCCGUCGCAAAAGAUUACAAGCGGAUCGGCGUCGGGGACACCGGCCCGAACACCGGCGGCAUGGGGGCCGUAUCGCCGGUUCCGUUCGCCGACGCAAAAUUUAUGGACAAGGUCGUAUCGACCAUCGUCGAACCGACCGUCAAAGGGCUCUCUGCCGAUAAGAUCGACUACAAAGGAUUUAUUUUCAUCGGAUUGAUGAACGUGCAAGGCGAUCCUUAUGUGAUCGAAUACAACGUCCGCAUGGGCGAUCCCGAAACCGAAGCGGUGCUGCCGCGCAUCGAAUCGGACAUCGUCGAACUGUUCCAGGGCAUCGCUUACGGCGGACUCGACCAAUACGAACUGAAAAUCACCCCGGCGACCGCCGCCACAGUGGUCUGCGUAUCCGGCGGCUACCCGGGCGACUAUGCCAAAGGCAUGGAAAUCAAAGGACUCGGCAACACGGCAGACAGCGUCGUCUUCCAUGCGGGAACCACGGCCAAAGGCGGCAAAACGUUUACGGCAGGCGGGCGCGUGCUGGCCGUCACGUCGUUCGGCGACAACAUUACGGACGCCGUCGGCAAAUCCUACAAAACGAUCGAAGGAAUCGGCUACGAAGGGAAAUACUACCGCACGGACAUCGGAAAAGACCUGCUGUAA